AUGCCACGUACUGAUGUAACCGUAUCGGGUAUUUCUUCUGGUGGUGCGAUGGCUGUUCAGUUACACAUGGCUUUUUCCGAAGAUAUUAGUGGAUGUGGUAUUUUAGCUGGUCCUCCUUAUUAUUGUGCAGGAAAUUUUAUGGCAGCUACGGCUUGUAUGAGUGGUCCAUUGAAUUUUGUUACAGCUUCGGGUAUUCUAAUGAAAUUGAAAUGGUAUGAUUCGAUUGGAAGUAUCGAUAGUAUUUCGAACAUUCGAGGUGACCCUGUGUAUAUAUUUACUGGUAAAUAUGAUAUUGUUGCUCGACCUAGUACAGUUAAAAUAAAUGAAAAUGUCUAUUCGGAAUUGGGUGCAAAUAUCAAAACAAAUUAUGAUAUGGCUGCUGCUCAUGGAUUUCCUACAGAUAAUUUUGGAAAAAGUUGUGCAACUCUUAAUUUAGAAAAUUAUAUCAAUAAUUGUAAUUUCAAUAUGGCAUAUGAUAUUUUAAAUCAUCUCUAUGGUGGAAAUCUAAUUAAGUCAAAAAGUGGUACUCAAACACCAUUGAUUGGUCAAAUGGCUGUAUUUGAUCAAAAAGCAUUCAUGAAUCCACCUUCAUCAUUGACUGAUAGUCAAACACCAAGCUCGUCUCUCUUACAAUGGAUUUCAGAAAGUAUGAAUUUGUACACAACUGACAACUGGGCUUGGCCUACAUCAGGUCUUGUCAAUUGGACGAUUCCCAGUGUUACAACAGUACACACAAGACAAGCUAUUACACGAGCCUUAUCACACGGUUUUGAUGAAGAAGGUUUCAUUUAUUUUUCAUCGGCUUGUGCUCAAGGUCAGAAAUGUUCAAUUCAUGUUGCUCUUCAUGGCUGUCAACAAGGAAAACGUUAUGUAGAUGAUGUAUUUGCAACGAAAGCUGGCUAUUUAGAAGUUGCUGAACUCAACAAUUUGAUCGUUGUUUUUCCUCAAGUAGCUCCAACAAUGUUUUUGCCAACGAAUCCAAUGGGUUGUUGGGAUUGGUGGGGAUAUAGUUCACUUUCAUAUGCUACGAACAAGGCACCACAAAUGAUCAGUAUCAAGAAGAUGAUCGAUACUGUACGUUUGAUUAAUCAAGCUAUGGUUGCAUCUGUCUAA